CGGCCCAAUCUUCAUUUCAUUUCUCGUGUACGACGCCAUCUAAGCCUGCUAGAUUCCUUCACCGUUCUCCGUCACUGACGGCAGCCGUUGAUCCUCUCUGCUCCACCGCUGAUUGUCGUUGUGACUAUCACGUUGGCGACAAGGAGGAGUUGUAACUGGGCUAGAAUUAGUGCUGAACCUGAUACUGAAGAGGAACUUCGAGUGUGGGAGACAUGUCAAAAUUGCGAACACUGGUGCAAGCUUCUCUAAAUGCUACAAAGAAGGCCUUUACAUGGAAUGUUGAGGAUUUAAUGCCUCCAGCAGAAAGAUACAUAUUCAAUUUCAAUUCGAAGGAGGAGUUGAAGAAAUGGCAUCUAUACUCUGAUUCUGAAUAUGGAGGUUUGUCCUCGGCAUCAUUAGAGAUAACUGAAUCAGAGAAUGGACCAAGUGGGGUCUUCUCGGGAAAUCUUUCUUUGGAUGUGUCUGAGGAUUCAAAAUGGAAUAUAAUGAGAAGUGGCUUCUGUGGAAUGCGAUCAAAAAAGUUUGGUGGCUGCAUAGAUUUGGAUUCAUAUGACACUAUUGCGAUGAAACUGAAAGGAGAUGGAAGAUGCUAUAUAUCUACUAUCUACACAGAAAAUUGGGUAAACUCACCUGGACAGCAGGAAGAUAAUUCAUGGCAAGCUUUUGUUUUUGUGCCCAAAGACAACUGGUAUAUUGCAAAAAUCCCUCUUGCUCGAUAUUUGCCUACUUGGAGGGGGAAUGUUAUAGAUGUGGAGAUGGAAAUGAACCCAUCUCGGAUUCUUGGAAUGUCUCUGUCUGUGAAUGCUGAGGGUGGCGUCCCAGGUGCUAAAUCUGGACCAGGUGAUUUCAAAGUUGAACUUGAUUGGAUCAAGGCCUUGAGAACUCAAUAAAAUCAGGCAAAGGAUUCAGCGAAGUAUUGGUCACACGCCAUGAUGAUUUUCCCAAGUAGCUGAAGAAUUUUGAUACUGUUGUGUAAUAAUACUGUAUCACAAUAUUCCAGGAAGGGAGGAACAUUUCAUUAGUUAUCCCUGUAUCGAAGAAUUUUGCAAUUCAUGGCUGGGGUUCUGUAGCAUAAUGUGAAGAAGACUAACACCUUUCACUAUAUUUUUUCUCUAGUCAUAAAGAGAGCUUCCUGGUUCCUAUUUAUUCUUCCAGAUGGGAGAUCUGUGGUUCAUGUGUGACGAUCUAACAUUGAAUUCACAAUUCACAUUUUGUAAAUGCUCUUAUCCCAAGGAUCAUGAAAAGCUUUUAAAA